UUGCGAAUUGUCCAAUCCCAAAUUCCUCCCGCUGUUUACUUGCUCCUCCGCACGAGCUCGACCUCCUACACGCCGACCGAAUUACUGACACACGCACGCAAGGACGUCGACGAAGAUGAGCGCUCCGAGGGCUUCUGGCGCGAGUUCUUCCUCCUCCGGCCCGACCGCGCGGCGCUGAGGAGGAUCCUGGACGGGCUGGGGCCGGCGGAUAUGCUCGCGCUCGAGGAGCACACGAGGGAGCUCUUCUCGAGGGCCGUCGUCGCGGUCAAGAGCGGGCAGGGCGUCGCGGAUCUACAUGCGCUGGAUACACUUAGCAUAUUCCUCUGCUCGGCCCUCUCGAAAAAGUACGCCCAUCCUAGUUCCGACGUCAUCAACGUUCUCGCCGGGAUCGACCACGUCGAUACGAUCUUCACGGACUUCGUCGGCGCUUUGGACCAGAUUAUACGCGGGAGCAAGAGCUUGGAAUUACGGCAGAAGGCUAUCGAAGUCGUGCUGGCUGUCACGGCCGGCGCGUAUCAGACGAGUCUGUUGACGUAUUUCAUCCAGCGCGACCUCUUCCCUGCCGUGAUGAAGUUCAUCCAAGACGCCGACUCCACGACCCGCAUCUUCAACGCCUUUACCCUCCUCGGCCUGCUGGCCAACUACAACAAAUUCGAGUUCCAGAACCCGUACCAGAUGCGCCUGAACGACUUCGUCAACGAGGCGACCAUACGCAAAAUCAUACGCUGCGUCGGCGAGACGUGUCAGAACCUGAGGACGCAGUACCUCGACGUCCAGGAGGACCUGCCGGAGGGAUGGUCGCUGAACGGGACGUUGCGGAUGAUCGGGCUGGGCGCGGUGGCCAGGGGGCCCAAGCCGGAGAAGAAGCCGGUCUACGACGCGGAGACGAUGAAGACCAUGUUCACAAGCCUACCCGGCGAGGAAGCCGCCGUGUUACUCGCGACAUACGACUUCACACACGCGAACAAGCUCUUCUGCUUCAACCUCGCGACCUUACCCCCCGAAAAGGGUCAAGAACAGCCCCUCGCGGCCUUCACCUCCCUCACCUCCUACCUCCUCCAGCACGCGCACCUCUCGGAGCGGACGACGCACUACUCGCACCUCAACCUGAUGGUCUUCCGGCUCCUCAUCGAGGACCCGGUCCUCUGCAAGCGGAUAUGCAGCGACGAGAGCAAGACGACCGUGCGGCUGUGUCGGCAGCGCCAGCCGUACCUGCCGCUGGUGCGCGGGGAACGCAUGCUCGCGACGGCGGUGCUGGACACCAUGGUCGACGGGAUCACGCACAACCUGCGGCGGCGGCUCGACGUCGGCAUGUACACGCUCUGCGUGGGCAUCGUGCUGCGCGUGGUGAGCUACCUGUCGCGCAGCCGGACGCGGGUGGCGUACCACUGGGCGGACCUCUUCCGGGCGCUGCUGAACCUGGUCAAGUUCCUGACCACGUACGUCGCGGACCUGCGGGACCUGGCGCAGGUCGACCUGCUGGUCGACAACGUGGUCAACCUGCUCGCGCUGUCGCUGUCGGCGGGCGAGGCGUUCCUCCCCGGCCCCGCGGCGUACGACGACCUGUUCUACAAGGUCGUCGAGACGGGGGACACGCUGCUGAAGUUCAAGGAGAGCUACAAGCUGGGCAAGAGGCAGAGCAACUCCAUCGACACGCUCAUCAGCGUGAGCACGCACUACAAGGAGCUGUUGGAGGGCGGGCGGAAGAAGGGGAACCUGACGAGCGUGGAGGUGACGGAGGUGAUUAAGCAGGGGUACGAGACGUUGAGUAUCCAGGCCAAGGAGGGGCUGGAUACGUGGGAGCGGUAUAGGGAGGCGGACGAGAGGACGUUGUUGAAGAAGAUGGCGAGGGCGGCUGUGGCGGAUGUCAGGGCUGUUGUUGAGAGGGGAGGGGGGUGA